UCGACAUUGUUGGGUGGAAUCGCUGUCGGGCAGGCUGUGUCUUUGGAAGCCAAUCGAGCGACAACAGCUCGUUCGCGACGGCCUCUCAGGAUAUGGACCGAUCCAAGCACAUGAACGCAUUCGUGGAGCGGGAGUUGAUGAAGAAGCGAGGGCAGUCGCUGGACUCGCCGGUGGAUGGAGAGAGCUCGUCUCCACAGACGCAGAAUCCGACGGAUGAGCUCUUUGAUAUCCCCGAGAACCUCCGGGUGAAGGACUCGGCCCUGCCCGAGGGCAACGUCACGCUUUCUGCCUCGAUGCUGACGGCCAUCCCAGAGAUUGAUCUGGGCAUCGACAUCAAGCUCAAAAACAUUGCCGAGACUGAACAAGCAAAGCAAAAACUGUCUGGAAGGAAGCAUACCAAGAAGGAUCUGUUGGACUAUAGCCAAAACGUCACGGCUGCAGAACGAUUCAUGACUGCACGCUAUCACCAACAACAGCGCUCGGACCAUUCCCAGCAACACGGCCGCAACAGUAACCAUGGCAACAGCGACAAUCACAGUCGCAGCCAAGGCUCGGAGUCGAGGGGACAUAGAUCGGAUCGUCGGUCGAUGGCAACAGACGACAUUGUGAUGGAGCGCUUCAAAAAGCGAAUGAGACGCUAAUUGUCUCGCUAGCCAAAUCCCCGCCAGCCGAGCAGACUCGAUCGUCUGACAUCGCACUGACCAGCACACCUGGCACCACACCUGGUACCACACCUGGUACCACACAGCACCGGGAGUCAGUCUUGUUCCCCACUGGAGGCUUCCGAUGGCAUUAGAGUUUGCUGCCAUGCUCUACGUGCAUCCCACCCAGUCCGUUAUUCCCCCCCCCUCUCGCCUCUGAGCAGUAGCUGACUUGUUUCUGCCUUGGACUGUCGCGUGGCGCUCAGAAACGGCCAUCGCUGGGUGUAUAUUAGAGUGCCUCUAGUUUAGUCCGAAGUCCCUGGCACAGUACUUCGAUCUUGGUGAUAGCAUUAAAGAUCUUCUCGAGCUUUGGGCUCUUUG